AUGAAUGCGAGGUUUGAGGCGAGAAUGAGGAGGUAUAUGGGGGAGGGGACGAGGGAUGGGAGUGUAGAAAAUGAAGGAGGGGAAGGAGAAAAUGUCGGGGUGUGUGUGAAGAGGAAGAGGAGUGAGAAGGAUGUUGAUUGUGUUGGUCAAGAAGAUGAAAAGGAAAAGAAGAUGGAAGCAAAGGGAAAGGGAAAGGGAAAGGCAGAAGCGAAAAAAGAAGCUCGACCCCGGAAACUCAUUGUGAAGUUGAGAUUUGCGCACUUUCCCGUGGUGAAGAACGAUGAAUCUUCAUCAUCACCAUCAUCUUCAUCUUCUUCAUCUUCUUCACAUCAACCCAACCAAUCCAACCAACCCGGCCCGUCCAGCAAACCCAUCCAACCAAGCCAAUCCAACCACGCCCAAACAACAACGAGCAAAGCUCCUGCUCCCGCUCCCGCUCCAAAAUCCCUUUCUAAAAAAUCAACAAAACAAUCAUCCCGCAAGCAAGCCACCCUCCCUCCCCCAUCAAACCCCUCUUCAACCACCACCAUGGCACCUCCACCCCCCAAACAAAAACCCCUCCCCCUCCCCCACCUCCGCAUAACAAACGAACCCCCCAUCCCCUGGACGCCCAUCCCUCUCCCGUGUCCCCUCCUCCCAGACGACCACGAAGGCGCAAAAGCAGCGUGGAAGCGAAUUUUCCCUAACGAAAAGGAGUUUGGCAAGUAUGGUGGGAAGUCGACGGGAUGGAUGGAGAAGAUGACAUGGAAGAAAGAGGGGUGGAUGGCGAGGGAGGAGGGGGAUGUGUAUGUGGAGAGGUUUUUGGGGAUGGUGCCUGGGAGGCAGGGAGUUAGGGGGGAUGAGGGGAGGGUGAGGGGAGGGUGA